CACUUACACCUGAGAGCAGGCUACAAUUCUCGGCACUGUUCACACGACUAACCUGCCGCUUUCAGGGUAAAGGAAGGAGCUGUAGAAAGCUGCUGGGGAUUCCUGGAUUUCACCCGGGGAAAAGUGAACCGAUCGCUCGCCCUCACGGAGAGCCCACUCCUCGCAUUAGCAAGACAUUUUGUGGAUUAUUUUCACACUGAACUGGCAAUUAGCCAAGACGUCUUCGGUUUCUGACGACUGGUUGCUGUGUCCACACUGAUAGCAGCUUCGGUCACCUCUGGGGACAAAUGCAGCCACAUCUGUGCAGCUGCUGGUGGAUCUGGUGUGUCUGCUGGAGCAGUGUUGCCGUGGGUGACGAUCCAGGAGAAAGUGAGAAAGAACUACCGGCAGAAGUACAGCAGAUUCUGGAUCAACUCUUGGAUGGGAAAUACAUCGAAGGAACUGUUCACGCCAUCGAAUACCUCAGAAAACAUCAUAUUGAAGACCAUCAGGCGGCCAUGUUGACAUACCUUCAUUCCAGGGGCUCGAGCCUGCACAGCCUCCAGGCGUCCUACACCGACUACUUCGCGGGAAUUGGGCGCCGACCCCGGCAACUGGCCGCCCACCUGCGGCACCUGGACACCCGCUCCUUCCUGCUCGGCGUCAACCUGCUGUACGGCGGCGGCGGCGGCGGCAGCGGCGGUCAGCUGCCGUUCACCACUGUGCGGUUCAGGGAUGUCCGGGAUUUGAUCCUGCAGACUCCGGGCGGGCACCGGAGCCUGUUCGUCACGGCCUGGGAGAAAUGCUUGCCCCGGGUUGCCACGUCCCCGUGCCUGGAACUCCUCACCAAGGCCCUGAGACUGUCAUCAGCCGCCUACCUGCGGCCAGAGAUGAUUGCCCACCUGCCUCUGGACCUUCCUGAGGAGAUCUUCAGGAACAUCACGGCGGUGUUUAAGGAACUGUACGAUGAUAUGACUGCUCGCAGCCAAAGGGCCAUCUAUGAGUGGAUCCGACAGAUCCUUCAGAGACCCAACAGGCAGCCCGUUUUCCCCAAAGCAGGAGCGCCGUGGAUUGUGGCGGAGAACCUGUGGUUUCUGGGGAGAUUCGUGGUCCACCUCCCUCCUGAGGAGAUCCAGAAGAUCAGCCUCAAUGAGAUUCGACACUUCAUCAAUUACGACAACGCCACCAAGCAGCUGGACUCGGUGUACGACAUCACCCCGACCACUGCCAGAGCCUUCCAGGAGAGAAUCAAUGCCAGCGGCUUUGAUAUGGCCAACACCUCGACCGUCUACAGACUCGGUCUCCUGGUCUGUUUCUUCGACAAUGUGCAAGAGUUGGACACAGGGGAAGCUCGCAGUCUCCUCCACCAGAUGAUCAAGUGCAGCCGUCUCAAGGGUUUCCAGGCCGACGUGAAGAAGCUGAAGGCGCAGUUGCUGGGGCUGGUACUGAGCAGCCAGCGGCUGAACGAGACUUUGGACUCCAUCUCGGAUGCCAUCGCCUGCCUGUCGUUCCCACAGCUGGACUCGCUGUCCACGGAGUCGGUGCGGAGUGCCGCUACCGUCCUCGGCACCGUCCGCGGCUGGACGCCCGGCCAGACACUCAUCCUGGCCGACAAGUUCAUGGGGGGCAACAAGCAACUGUCGCUGUUUAACCUCAGUCGGCUGGGAGUCCUGGUGCUGGGGGUCAGUGCGGACACUUUGUACAACACCAGCCCCCAGGAUCUGGCGCAGGCUCUCCAAUGGCCCCUGUCCCAGCAUGGGGCCAGUCUCUCCCCCGCACAGCGACUGGCCGUGGUCACCCAGAUUGCCGCUUCCUGGAAUGUGUCCUCUGUGCUAGACCUGUUGAACAGUUCCUUCUUAAAAGAGCUGCCCCUGUACAACCUGCUUCAUAUGACGAGCUACAAUGUCAGCCACCUGGACCAGAAGGAGCUGAGGAAAAGUCAGGCGUUGUUCCUUUACCACCUGGUGUCUGGCACGAUGCCUGUGCAAGAGAUCCUCAGGUGCGGGCAGCUGGUGAGAGGUGUGACCUGCAAUCACCUCCGAGCCCUGGACCCAGCAACCUUCCGGCAGCUCGAUGGCCUACUCCGGGGCAGUCUCUCCCUGCUCUCCCCGCUCCAGCUGAACUGCCUGGCCCAGAAGUAUCGACAGGAUGCUCCCGACCUGAUGCCUCCACUCCUCCUGGUGACCCUCCCUACCCGUGUUCUGGCCAUGGCCCCUCGAAGCAUCUGCAAACCUCUGUUAAUCGCCCUGGGCAGGGUUGAGCUGUCAUCUAUCGUUCCCCAACCAGCAAAAAGAGCGGAGGUGAUGGAGAGCGUGCUCUGGUGCCUGAACUACACGAUCCAGGAUGAGUAUGAUGUGGACAUCCUGGGCAGAACUAUCUGUUAUCUGUCUCCUGACUUCAUCAGGACCAUCACCUCCAACAAGGCCCUGAACGAAGCACUCAUUCAUUUCAGGAUUUGUCGGAAUCUCAGCCCUGCCCAGAAGAGGGAAGUUCGGAACAAGAUCCAGGAAUAUUACGGGGAUCCAACUGCCUGGCAGCCUGAACUGAUGCAGGAUCUGGGGCCACUGAUUACACUCUUGUCAAGGGAAGACCUGACCACUGUCGCUGAGAAGUUUCCUGACAUCCUGCUACAGUUAGCAUUGGACGUGGAAGGUACGGCUGUUUCUGAGGACUUCCUCGCGGCAGUGUUUCAUGCUCUCAAGAGGACCAUUGGGACCAUUACACCCUCCAAUCUGCCUCCAGGCUGUGGCGGGACUCGAACUCCAUCCUCCGAGCACAUCCUCAAGCUGGCGGACGCCAACUCCCAUUGGUCAGCCGGCGAGCUGCGCUGCCUGUCCCCGGAGACGUUUGUACGGAGUGUCGAGCUCCUCGGUGCCCUGACGAGUUUCAGCAUGGCCCAGCUCCUGGCCCUGAAGGAGAAAGCCAAGGAGGUAUGGGGUCCAGUGCGGAGCUGGAGGAAGCACCAGGUACGGGCGCUCGGCCACAUUGCACUCUCUCUGAACCAGAGUGAAAUCCGGGAACUCGAGCUCGGCUCCACCGACACUGUGGCGGCACUGAUCCGGCACCGGCAGUGGUCUCCACCACAGGUUAGGUCAUUGUUGGAAGGGUUUCUCCACGACUCUGGCCUGCCAGUCGAAGCUCUGUCCGGCUGGGACCUGGCUGGGCUUGACAGAUUGCUGUGCGCGAUGACCGGCCCUGAGCUCGACUCCGUGAGCACUGCCGCCUACAGCGUUGCAGCGGCGAGGGUGGGCGAGCUGGCCUGCGAGGCACAGGUCCUGCGGCGGCUGCUGAGGAAGGCGAGGGAGGUGUUCGGCGACGUUGGCCAAUGGCACGGCUUUGUCCUGUGGGAGGUCGGGACAGUGGCAGCCGGAAUGAGUGGAGAGGAGCUGAAGCUGCUGGUACCUGACUUGAUGCCCUACUUCACGCCAGCGGCCAUGGCCAUACUCCCCACCCACGUGUUCAAGGAACUCUCUCCGGAGCAGCUGAAGAAGCUGGGGCCAGAGAACUCAGCGGCUGUGACAGCGGCCCAAGAAGCCGCUCUGAACCGGGAGCAGCUCGCUGGGCUGCAGGCUGCCAGGGAUGGAGGCGAUUCCAACGAGACGCCCCUGUCCACUGCCCCACUCACAGGUUCAGCAUACCGUGGUGAGAUGUGCUUCCUGCUCUGGGCUGCCUUCACAGCUGUGUAUUUUGCAGACUAUUGCCAAAUCCUAGCGCAUAAUAUUUGUACAUAGUAACAUACUAAUGGUCAACUAGUGUAGAUAUCAAUAUAAUAUAGUAAUUGCAAAGACGUAGACUAGUGAAUCUCCAGAAGGAUAUUCUCACAUUCUUCAGGGGAUGUGAGGUUCACAGGCUUAGCCAGCGUGUAAUUGCCAAUCCCUCGUUGCCCAUGGGAAGGUGGUGGUGGUGAGCUGCUGCCUUGAAGCACUGCAGUCCUGGAGGUGUGCAUACUGAUAGGGAGAGAGUUCCAGGAUUUUGACCCAGCGAUAGUGAAGGAAGGGUGAUAUAUUUCCAAAAUAUAGGAACAAGGAACUGCAGAUGCUGAUUUAUACAAAA